UUGAACAAAAUAUAACUGAAGAAAUCUAAUAAUGUCGACGUUCGACGAUAAUAAUACAAGGAAUUAUUUUUCAGGGAACACCCAAAUCCUUCGUUAUUAAGAAGUCCGUCUUAUUACAAUUUAGCUGUUGGAAUUUCUGCCGUUGUAAUCUCAGAACUAAAUUUUCUGGCUUUACUGCCUGGAUAUUUGACGAAACGUGCCUUUACCAAAGAAGAUAUAGCUACCAUAAUGACUGUUAAUUUUACUGCCGAUUUGGCUAGUCGUCUCUGCUUCACGUUGUUAAUGGGCGUUACCAAUGUUUCCAGUCGAGUCUUGUUUUUGGGAUGUACAUUUAUCUUUAUGGUUGUACGAUUUGUUUUCACUUCAAGAUCGGAUUAUUGGUGGAUUAUGGUAACAUCCGGGUGCCUCGGUGCUAUGAGAGGUCCUCUUUACACUUUCAUCGCGUUGGUAAUUGAUGAAGAAUAUCCACAACAAUUUCCAAAAGCAUUUAGUUUUUACAUGGUUAUAAGUGGAAUUACAGCUUUUAGUGUGGGUCAAAUUUUAUAUUUCAUUGGUUAUAUGUCACAGAAUGAUGAAAUGGUGUUGCACGUACUUACCAUACUGCUCCUGGUAGUAGUUGUAACUUGGGCACCGGAAAUGCUUUACAGAAAAAUAAAAAGUAUUAAACUACUAUCUGGAAAUAAAUAAAUAAAUCUUUAACGUAUAAAU